UUUUAUAGUUUUUACGCCAAAAAAGAGGGGAGAAUCCUUUGGUUUUAAAGUCGCCGGUAUAUUAAAAAAGAAAACUUACAAUGUCGAAAAGUGUCAGCGCAAUUACAGCAGAACUGCCGCAUAAUGGCUCCUGCGCACCACCAAUACCGAACAGUAAUCCAUCUGCUAGUUUGCCGAGUCAUUGUUCUCUUCUUCAAGAGACCGCGGAGAUGCAACAUUUAAAUGACCGUCUAGCCGCUUAUAUUGAUAGAAUGCGUAAUCUCGAAAACGAGAAUGCUCGGCUGUCAAUGGAAAUGCAAACCGCGCGUGAUAAUGUGACGCGUGAAGGCGAUUACAUAAAAAAUAUAUAUGAGAGCGAAUUGAGCGAUACUCGUCGUGCGCUUGAUGGAAUGGCGCGGAACAAAUUGAAAUUGCAAAUUGAAUUUAAACGUCAGUGUGAGCAGAAUGAAGAAAUAAAAGCAAAAUUGGAUAACAAAACCAACGAUUGUAGUAUUUUCAAAGCAAAUGCCCGUAAGCAUAAGUUACGUGCAACCGAUUUGAUUGCAAGAUAUAGCGCUUCGAAGGUUGAUCGUGAAAAAGCCAUCGAUGAGCUAACCGAGCUACAGAAGGAACAUGAUCGUUUGCGUAAUAUUUUGAAUGAAACGCGUGAAAAUGUUCAAGAAGAAACUUCGACUCGGGUGAAUUUGGCGAAUGCUGUACAAAUUUUGCGUGAAGAACUCACUUGCAAAGACCAACAGCAUAAACGAGAGGUUAGUGAGGCUCGAUCGCGUCGUCAGAUCGAAAUCGAUAAGAUCGGUGGUCACCUUUCUGAACAAUAUGAAGGAAAAUUACAACAGUGCCUUCAAAAACUACGCAAUCAGUACGAGGCACAAGUGCAAGCUAAUCGUGAUGAAAUUAAAAAAGUGUACGAACAUGAGAUGAAAAAUCUUCAAUCGGCAGCAGCACCCAAUAAAGAUGCAACCGACACUGCUAGGAAGGAAUUACGUUGCGCUCGCGAGCGCUUUGAGGAUCUUACUAUGCAUGUUACUAAAUUGGAGUCAAUUAAUGCUGAUCUUCAUUCUCGUAUACGAGAAAAGGAGCAGUUAUUAGAUGAUGAACAUGAUCGCCAUAUUGCUGACAAAGCUACUUUAGAAGCUGAGCUGCAACGUUUACGCGCUGAAGUGACGCAUCAAUUACGGCAACGUCAAGAUCUUAUGGACAUUCAGGUUUCAUUGGAUUUGGAGAUCGCUGCUUACAACAAAUUUUUGUGCGGCGAGGAAUCUCGCUUGAAUUUGGCGCCUAUCUCAGGCGGUGCGGCGAUCGGUUCUCCAAACCAAUCCUUAAGUUUCUCGCGUGGUGUCAAACGUUGCAAUUCACCAAUGACUGAUGCAUGCCCAGCUUCGAUAAAACGUACACGCUCAGAGAUAGAUGAGUCGGAAAGUGUUGCCUCGGCAUUGGAUGACGAAAUUAAUGAAAAUAUGUGUCAUUCACAGGUUGGUCCCGAUCAACAAGUUAUUGACGAGAAAUGUCGUUUUAUGUAGUUCUACAAUAGAUUUACUUUUGUUCGCUUUCGCGAUAUGAUUUAAAAUUUGAAAAUUCUUUAAAAUUUUCUACAAAUUUCCACCAAAGUUUUGAGAGAUGAAGUAAACAAGAAUUGCUGGACAUUGUGUACCUCAUACACUACAUCUUUUAUCCUUAAGUUUUUCUACGUUAUUCUAUGUAAAUUCCUUAAGAUCUAGUCUUCUUCUGAAAGUAAUCUCUUGUCAAUACGCACGAUGCAGAAUAAAAUUGGA